ACUGGUUAAGAGAAGAAUAACAGAAUUAAACAGUAAUGCAGGAGGGAUUUUGCACACUGUCCAGGAAGCUGUGGUCACUAACCAGUCCAGGCACAGAACAGCAACAUGUGUACUGCUGCUAUUAGUGAGUAAAAUGUGAAUUCUAACAGCUAUAUGCAGGUCAUAUGGACAACUGGCUGCAUCGUGUAAGCAAAUCAUUUGUUUUGGAUUGAUAGAAGCACCGGGCUGUGUGUGCCUUUUCCUUUCCUGAUUCAUUGUGGGACUGUUGAGAAACUCAACUCCAUUUUCCAUAUAUUGAAUCUGGUGCAAUGCCCCAGGGCCGCCUUCGGUUGAGACCCUGGUUAGAAGAACAGAUUGCAUCUAGGAAGUAUCCAGGAUUAAUGUGGAUAAACAAGGAUGAAAACAUUUUUCAGAUCCCAUGGAAACAUGCUGCCCGCCAUGGAUGGGACAUGAUCAAAGAUGCCUCAUUGUUCAGAGAAUGGGCGAUACACACAGGAAAAUUUAAGCCAGGAGUCGAUAAACCAGACCCCAAAACAUGGAAGGCCAACUUCAGAUGUGCAUUAAACUCCUUACCAGACAUCAAGGAACAACCAAAACUGAGUAUCCGGAGGGGGACUAAUGCAUUUAGAGUUUAUAAAAUGUUGUACAUGGAAAGAAAACCAAAGAAGAGAAGAGGAACGUGUGUAAAAGCAGUCAAUGAAACAGUCACAGAAAAACAAGAUCUUCAGUCACAGCUUUCACAGAGAGACACAUCAACCUCUUCUGAACCGACGGAAGUCUCCUGCAUAGAUAAAUUUGAUCUUGCAUUUAGGCAGUUCACGGAAAGCUAUCCACUAUUUCAAAGCAACAGCUAUCUCAAUAAUUUACAAUAUCCAAACCCCUUGUUCUCUACAAUGUCCAUCAAGAUGGCAUCAAAUCAGUCUGAGGUACCAUGCUUACUACCCACAGAAGGUUUCAAGGACAGUGUUUUUCUCCAAGAUGAGCAAACAGAAGCUAUUUUGCAUAUAGCAGAACAGCUUCAAAGAGUUGAACAGUUCAGUGACUCCAGCAGCAGAAGAUGAAUAACUCAGACUUUUUUCCAAGAAUACCUAUCAUAUGUGCAAAAUCUUGAAAGCAGCCAUCAGGACAACAUACUGGAACAAACGAGCUGAACGCAUCAUACACUGAACUGGGAUAUUCAACAGUACAACUGACAUAGACAUCAAGGCAGCGGACCUUUGAUGAACCCGUCAUCCAGGACAUCAUAUCUGAAAAGACUUUCUGAUGAAUGCUUUACAAAAAGAACAUUAACAAACUGUAUUUUUACAAAAGGAACAAACUGUAUGGUUAGGAGUUAUAAAAAUGACAGUGAGAGGCAGAUGAAAGCUGAAAUUAAAUGGAAGGGCCUAAAACAAUAAGGAAAUAAAGCAAUACAACUUGACACUUUUUUGCCAUAUCCAAAUACUGUCAGAUAAGGGAGCAUGUAACUGAUGUUAACUAGCCAUUUCAUUCAGUCAGGACAGUAGUUUGGCUGAGUAUCCAGUGCUUGACAUUAUACCUUUCCUUUAUGUCUCUUUGUGAGAGAAGUCCUCAUUUUGUCCCUGAAAUGUAUUGUGCUGAGUAUAUUUAUGCUCGAGUAUGUGGCAAUGAGUGAUGAAGUAUGUCUUAAGUCCCAAGCAUGGGGUAUGAGAACCAAUGGAAUGCAGUGGUGGUUUGGUCAAAUGAGUUACCUUCAAUAAAAAAAUUGCUUUGGAACAAGAUUUGACUGAACACUCAUGGUAGUGGUGUUUGGCAUAAAAUUGCUAAAAGCAGUGGUUGCUUUUGCCUCAAGUGCACUAAGAUAGUAGGCAAAGCUAAAUCAUGGUCAAAAUUGGGCUAAAGGGAAGGUAAUGUAUCACCAUCCCCCAAUGUCCCCACCCAGCAGCCAUUCAAGUGUCCCAUUACUUGCCUCUCUCUCCCCAGUUACCAUAAAACACUGUUCAAACCUGUCAGUGUGCAUACUUUCUUAUUUAGUUCUGCAAUGAUUACAGAUAUUUGGAUUUAAUUUAAAACUUUGAUUUCAAAUGUUAUAGCACAAGCACUGAUAGCUAGUUGCUAAAGAAACCAAUACAGUCCCACAAUGAAAAUAGUCUUAGCAUGAGUAACAGUAAACUUUUCUGCCCUUGAAAACUCACAUUCAUUGAACUUGCAUUGAAACCCACAUUCAUAGAAAAUGCAUCUCUCCAGUGAUAGAUUAAGUGUACCCUUGGGCUGUUUUCAAACCAUAGGCCUCCUGUACACAUUUUUAGGAUCAUGCAUAAAUCAAUGUGCUCUUUGAUUAAUCUUCCUGAUUAUAUUAUAUUCUUUGUUUAAUACACCACCACUUGCAAGACCGAGUUUUAAACUUGUAGUUUUGAACAUUUUCCUGUAAGCAGUGAAACAAAACAUACGAACCAAUAAUUACAAGGCUACUCAUUUCAGAACAUUUUACCCAUAAAUGGCUACUCAAACUGCUGACAUUAUAAUUCACCAGUAACAGUCAAUAUACACAGUCUCUGCAGAAGUAAAAGUAAUCUGAAUGAUUCCACAUUAAAGAGAUCAGUAACUAAUGAAGAGGUUACUGCUAGCAAAUAAAUUUGCACCUCAGGGCUUCAUCUACAAAUUAAGUGCCUAUUGCCUUUGAAGAAUAAAUUGCUUAUGUUACAUUUAAAAAUUGUGUGCUGAUGAUAUGCAGUAGAUAAUGGCUGGCAAACUGACAACAGGUUCAUAAUUCCCAAACAUCUCAUCCAAAGGACACAGUCAGGAGUGCACUGAUGUAUUGGUUGUGCUACUUGAAAAGUUACUAACUAAUGAAGUACUGCUUAAAACUCAACAACCUAAGCUUCCAACUAAAAGUGCAGAUGUCAAUGAACCUCCCCCAAAAGUAAAUAUCCCAGAAAUUUAAAUGAUAUGCUUAAGAUAUGGGAAAAAGGGCACAUCGCUAAACAUUGUUUAACUAAUAAAGUAAUGUUAUACCUAAUAAAAAAUGUGAUUUCCAAUCAUCAUCAUGCUAAUAAUGAAAAUGUAUAUGUUGUACCAACUGAAAUGUGAUUUCUAACCAGCAUGCUAAAAAAUUAAAUUGUAUGACUGGAGUGUGAUAAAGUUACUACUAGAGUACUAAAAGCAAUCAAUUUUCUCUCUACCACUACCAAGUUAGCCAAAGCUAAGUUAUGUGAAGGGAAAUAAUUGAAAUGGCUGCUAUAUUCUGGAAGCACGUUCAGGCUCAUUAAUGAAACAUAUGUCUACAAACAUAAAACACAUUAUAAGAAGAAGGUGGAAGUAAUAUGCAUUUAUACAAACAGGAAAUAUUAUAUUCCAUGUGCAGAUAUUUAAUCAAUGUUGGGGAAAGUACUUUAGCCUGUAGGUUUGGUGCCUAAUUUAACACACAAUAUCAUAACUGGUCAAAACUUCCCACAGUUAGAGGCACUGCUGACAUUAUGGGCAGGAAACAUAGUUAGAGACUCUAUGGCCAGAAUAUAUCCCUAAAAAAUGGGAGGGGUAAUAGCAGCUUAACACACUGCUAAGGAUACACAGGCCUGAAAAAGAAAAAUGGAUAGGUGUAUAAGUUCAAAAGGAACUAUAAUCUGAUUUUGUGUGGAACAGAUAGAAGGUCAUGUGUAUUAUCAGAAACAUAAUGUGAGUAUUACUAGAAAAUCCAGUUAUUAAUUUAGUGAAAGAAAUCCAUACAGAAAAUGAAAGGGAAGAAUAUACAGCGCAUGAUAUGGAACUAUGUGAAAAGGUUACAUCCAUUAAAAUAGUCAUGGAUAUUUGUGUGGAGACAGAGAGAGAAAACCCAUCAAGAGAAGAAAGGGAACCGGAACAGACCUUCGUUUCUUUCUGUAAUGUCAAAACAGAUGGAUGGGCAGAAAUAGGAAUCGCAGCAACAGGUACUUCGAGAAAGAAACUGAUGUGGUAAAAUUAAAGGAAAUGUGAAAACUAAAAGCAGAAGAAGAAGAAAGUAACUGAAAUAAGCUGCCUUUAGGAGAAGGAAGAAGAAGCACCUAUAUCUCCUUAAUCAUAGGUGAACAGGCUGUAUCCCAUACUCCAGAGGAGAACUGACAAAAGUAUUCCUGACCAAGCAUGUUUACAGACGAGCAAUGUAUACUUUAUGAAAGUACAGUAGGACGAGGCUGUACAAUGAAUUUGGCAUAAUCAUUAAGCUAUAUAUCUCACAGGUGCAAGGUACAGGUUUUAUAGGUUCAUAGGUAGGUACUAGACUAUCGGCCCAAGGGCCUACAUAAGCCUAGCCAGCAAGGUUCCAUAGCUUACGCCACCAAAGAAAG